GAUGGCGGCGCCCGAGGCGGCGUGGAACCGGUUGGACGUGCCGUGGCCAGCGAGCAGUGCGACGGUGGCUUUGCCGACCCUACACCCUGCAGUGAGGUCCUUGCUGGCGUUGAGGCGGCGGUGCUACCUCGCCCGCAAGCGACUGUCGGGGACACAGCUGGCCGCCGAGGGACGAGUUCUGCGGGCCGUGCUCUACGUCUACCACAGCAAACUGUGCCGACACCGGUCCUACCUGGCCAUGCAGCAGGUAGAACAAUGCUUGAAGCGCCUAUGGAAAAUGAACUUGGUGGGUUGCCUUGAAACUCUGUCAGAAUUGGUUCCCAAGAAAAAUACCCAUGCAGAGUGCUUGAUUCCGAGCCAGCCCAUGCUGGAAACAGUGGCUCUGAAGGUACUGGGAGGUUGUAAGCUCAUACUGCGUCUACUGGACUGUUGCUGUAAAGCUUUUCUCUUGUCUGUUAAUCAUCUUUGCUCAGAAGAAUACAUACUUCUGAACACUGUGGCUUCAGGGCUGUUGAGCCGGCUAUGGAUUCAGUACAGGUGUGCAUUGCAGAACCUUAUGUCCUUGUAUGGCUUGUUGUCAACAUCGCUUCAGCUGGUUUCUGAGACCCAACAGAUGCCUUAUAUCAAAGGGUUUACCUUCCCUUCUGAUAUCAGUAACUUCCUUGGCAUUAACGUUUCUACUGAGAUGAAGAAGCACGAGGCUAGAAUGCUUACAACAAGAAAAUCUACCAGCUGGCUGAAGAAGCUCUUCCCAGCAGUGCCAGCAGCACCAGAAACUGAGAAAAAGAGAAAUUUUGCAACCUGCAUGAGUGCUGUGAAAAAACGUGGCAUCCUGUGCCCCGUGGACAUUGGAGAGCCAGUGCUGGUGACCAGAGCUAACAGAGGGAAGCACCAAGGCUUUGAUGUGAAGAGCUUACUUAGACAGCCAUCUAGACAGCCAGCACAAGAGGGCAUCAGCAUUGCAUCAAUGUCUCUUAAAGCAAAGUCAGCAUCACUUUCCUCCCUUACAGCAAAAUCUCAGCAUGCUGGAUCUCUUGUACAAAUAGUCCAAACAGCUACAUCCUUUGGGGAGCUGUCAGAGGCACUCAGAAAAGCAAUUCUGUGGUGCAAAGGCAACAGAUUCAAAUCAGAAGCUUAUUUUCUGCGUAGCAAGUUGUUGAAAAGCAACCGGCUGCACCAUGUGGAGGCUCAAGGAUGCAGCUUGAAGAAGAAACUGUGCUGUGUCAAAACUUCUGUCUGUAAAUGCCUCCUCUACGGGUCACGAAAUACACGCUGGCCAAAGCAGUACCUCUGGGCACAGUUCUGUCGAAGGAGGAGGAAAUCAUCCACGUGCUUCAGGAGAAGGCAGAAGACUGCUUGGCAAAAGCCUUCUGAGCUUCUUGGGGUCUGUGAGAACAGUCCAUCACUCAUCCUGCCAGCCUACCACAAUGGGCCUUCAGGUCAGGAAGGAUGUUCCAAUGCUGAUACAGGCUCUGUCAGGCUCAGUACAGCAGGGACCCUAAAGCAGCUGCUGCUGGAAGGAACCCCUGGCCCUGGGUGGAAAGAAGCUACUGAGAACAUGGAUAUUGAUUCUAUUUUUGCAGCUAUGGGUGUCUGACUGGACUUGUGAGGAAGAAAAGAGUCAAGCUAUUACAAAGUGUUUGGGGUUAUUUGGGCUUUUUUACAUAAAACCUUCAGAGCUCUAAUGGUGUCUUGGUAACUUACAUCCUGAAUUCUGCUAAGAAACUAGCAACUCUUUUAAUUUUGUAAAAUGGCACUUUUUUUCAAUGGAAAGGUGUUCCAAACAGCCAAAUAAAGUCUUCAGGCUUGUGCAGGAAGAGUAAUGACUUUGAGUUACCUUCACUCUGUCCCUUCUCAAGUGUUAACCACAUGUUAAGGCCUGCUGUCAAAUCCACAGUGCAAAUAGUUACCAUCUCUGGCAGAAGGCUGCAGCUGAUCACUUGUUCCUGCUUUGGAGAGAAGACUUGCUGCCACUUUUCUAAAGAAGCAGUCUUAGACUCCUCCUUCUUUACUGCUUGUAGAAGGGAGAGCCUUGACUUGCAGUGUUAUCACUGUUCAGCAUUUGCUCUCCUUGCCCUGAAAUGAGGAGUUAACUGAACCUAUUGCCUCUGAGCAGCUCCAGAAAUAGGGGAGAGCACAGCUGUGGACUACAGCAGUAAACUGACGACUGGUGAACACACUUCUUACUGUCCUGAAAUCUUUUUACUACAAUUGCAACUUCUGCCUGAUUGGCACUGUAAGAAACAGCUCCAACCUACAUUAAUGAACUAGUGUUACAAACAUUUGAGUUAAUGCUUUCUGAUACGCUCUUGCUUGUAACUAAGUCGCAUGAUCAGGUUCUCCAGGAAAUGCUAGGGAAAAAAUGUCUCAGGGUAAGGAACAGGAAUCUGCUGUGUUGCAGAAUUGCUGUAAGUUCAGGUAAAGCUGAAACAGAUCAGCUUCACUUUCUUAGGCUUCAUAAUGGUAGAAAACAAAAGAGCUGUGCCCUUGGGGACACAAGAAAACAUUCCUAGCCAUCAAGUACCAAAACUCCUGUAUUAAGCACCUUGUGUGAACUGAUCAGGAUGUUUAAUUACAAGGAAUGGGCUCAAACUUAAAAUGUUUUCUUCUGAGAGCCUAGAGAGAGCAAAGAACAGAACUUCUGGAGUAGUUUGGGCUUGAAGAUUUUUCUCCAGUUAACCAAGAUCCAUUUUCUAGGUUUCCUGUCACACAAAUACUUGAUGGUAAUUAUUAGCUCUCUAGCUAGCUGAUUCAACACAGUCCUGCUGAAACAGAAUUCCUGCAAUUACACAAAUCUUUAGAGCUCUUAUUUCACAAAGUAGUAUAAAACCCACUUCAGUAUACCACAUACAGUUGGAUAAUUAAUAUUCAGCUCCUGGAAUACCUCUCAGAAAAGGCUGGGAGUAAAGGCAAACAUCCCAGCAGUGACCUCUGUCUUGAAUAACCCUUCCAAACAAAACAUAUG